UUUCUCUCUUAAACAUUUUUCUUUUAUAGAUAAUCUCUAUCUCUUUUUUUUUUCUUUGUCUUUUUUUUGUUUAGCAUAAAAAAAAAAAAAAAAAAAAACUCUCGGGUAGUGAAAACGAAUGUCUGUGAAUUAGAAACACAAUAAUGUCAAUGAAUGACUUUAGCAGCAAAAAUGUUGAAAUAAAUAAUCAUGAAACUCUUACAACACAACAAAAACUAUUACAAUCCAACAGAACAGUCAUUGCUGCUUCCAGUGCUGCUGUAACCUCAGUGUUAGCAGGGUUUCCAUUUGAUUCGAUCAAGACUCGAAUGCAAACGCAUUACUACCCCUCCAUCAUGUCUUGUGUUAAAACUACUUAUGCCGAAGAAGGUGCAAGAGGUUUUUUCAGAGGCAUGAUACCCCCUCUCGUCACUGUCAGCAUUAUCAAAUCCGUUUCCUUUUCGAUUUAUGAAAGCACCAAAAAGUCUCUUGUAGCAAGCCAUGGAUUCAGUAACGACAGUGUAUUUUCCCUCAUGAAGCUCUCUUCCCUUAGUGGAGGUGUCAGUGGUGCUUUCAUCGCCCUUCUCAGUUGUCCUUUGGAAUUGGUCAAGAUUCAGCGUCAGCUCGAACAAGUCAUGCUAAAGAAUCAGUUGGCUGCAGGUCAGGUAUCACCGAAUGAGGUUGUUCAAUCCUCUAGCUGGAGAGCUGUCAAGCAAAUUGUGCAUCGAAAGGGAGUAUUUGGUCUAUGGAGUGGUGUUACCUGUCAUUCUGUGCGGGAUGCAUUGGGAACAAGUAUUUAUUUUGCAGGUUAUGAAACUAUGAAAAGGGUGCUUUCCAAUAAUCAGGGACUCACUACUGCAGGUCCAAUGACGCAUUUUAUGUCGGGUGGGUUUUGUGGAAUUCUAAGUUGGUUGAUUGUGUUUCCUGUAGACGCCAUCAAGACAAAUCUACAAAAGGAUAUUAUGAUGGUACAACCUAGAUAUUCUGGUUUUUGGGAUUGUGCAAAAUCUCUAGUUAGAAAGAAUGGAUUAAAAGGGCUUUAUCGUGGUCUUAAUGUUACACUCAUCAGAGCUUUCCCUAUCCAUUCCUUUAAUUUCUUGGUCUAUGAGCAGGUUCUCAAAUCUAUUCCCCCACCACCCCAAUAAUAAUAAUCAUUUACACACAAAUAAAAUAGAU